AACACUAUAAUCCUCAUGGAGGGUCAUGGGUGCACGUUGCCGAGCGUGGCCAGAUUCCAUUUCAGAGCAAGCCCUCCAGUGUCUGCUGUCGGAUGCUACCUCCUAUUUGCGGCUGAUGAUCCAGAAACGCUAAUGGACUCCACCACGGCGACGGCAGAGCUGGGCUGGACAGUGCAUCCUCCCUCAGGGUGGGAAGAGGUGAGCGGAUACGACGAGAACAUGAACACGAUCCGGACGUACCAGGUGUGUAACGUCUUUGAGUCCAAUCAGAACAACUGGCUGCGGACCAAGUACAUACGGAGGAGAGGAGCUCACCGCAUCCACGUGGAGAUGAAAUUUUCCGUCCGGGACUGCAGCAGCAUCCCAAACGUUCCCGGCUCCUGCAAGGAGACCUUCAAUCUCUACUACUUCGAAUCUGACUUUGACUCGGCCACCAAGACUUUUCCCAACUGGAUGGAGAACCCCUGGGCAAAGGUGGACACCAUUGCGGCUGAUGAGAGCUUCUCCCAGGUGGACCUGGGUGGCCGUGUGAUGAAGAUCAACACCGAGGUGCGCAGCUUCGGGCCGGUCUCUAAGAACGGAUUCUAUCUGGCGUUCCAGGACUAUGGGGGCUGCAUGUCCUUAAUCGCUGUCCGGGUCUUCUACCGCAAGUGCCCCCGAGUGAUCCAGAACGGGGCCGUGUUUCAGGAGACGCUCUCGGGAGCAGAGAGCACUUCGCUGGUGGCGGCCAGGGGGUCGUGCAUUACCAACGCAGAGGAGGUGGAUGUCCCCAUCAAGCUGUACUGCAAUGGGGACGGGGAGUGGCUGGUGCCCAUUGGACGGUGCAUGUGCAAGGCUGGCUACGAAUCGGUGGAGAACGGGACCGUCUGCAGAGGCUGCCCAUCAGGGACGUUUAAGGCCAGCCAAGGGGACGAAGGGUGCAUUCACUGCCCAAUUAACAGCAGGACAACUUCGGAAGGGGCCACCAACUGCGUGUGCCGAAAUGGAUAUUACCGGGCAGACUCCGACCCCCUGGAUAUGCCGUGCACCACCAUCCCGUCCGCCCCCCAGACCGUGAUCUCCAGUGUGAACGAGACGUCGCUGAUGCUGGAGUGGACCCCACCCCGGGACUCCGGGGGCCGCGAGGACCUGGUGUACAAUAUCAUCUGCAAGAGCUGCGGCUCGGGGCGCGGCGCCUGCACCCGCUGUGGGGACAACGUGCAGUUCUCCCCACGCCAGCUGGGCCUGACAGAGCCCCGCAUCUACAUCAGCGACCUGCUGGCCCACACCCAGUACACCUUUGAGAUCCAGGCCGUGAACGGGGUCACCGACCAGAGCCCCUUCUCCCCACAGUUUGCCUCAGUCAAUAUCACCACCAACCAGGCCGCCCCUUCUGCUGUGUCCAUCAUGCACCAGGUCAGCCGGACGGUGGACAGCAUUACCUUAUCGUGGUCUCAACCUGACCAGCCCAACGGCGUCAUCCUGGAUUAUGAGCUGCAAUACUUUGAGAAGGAUUUGAGUGAAUUCAAUGCCACAGCAGUGAAGAGCCCCACCAACACCAUGACUGUGCAGAACCUCAAAGCCGGCACCAUCUAUGUCUUCCAGGUGCGGGCACGCACCGUGGCCGGCUACGGCCGCUACAGUGGCAAGAUGUACUUCCAGACCAUGACCGAAGCUGAGUACCAAACCAGCGUCCAGGAGAAGCUGCCGCUCAUCAUCGGCUCCUCCGCAGCGGGUCUGGUGUUCCUCAUUGCCGUGGUCGUCAUCAUCAUUGUGUGCAACAGAAGACGGGGCUUCGAGCGAGCCGACUCCGAGUACACUGACAAGCUGCAGCACUAUACCAGUGGCCACAGUACGUACCGCGCACCCGUGCCUGGCCUGGGGGUCCAUUCCUUCUUCGUGACUCCGGGAAUGAAGAUUUACAUUGACCCCUUCACCUAUGAAGACCCCAAUGAGGCCGUCAGGGAAUUUGCAAAGGAAAUCGACAUCUCUUGUGUCAAAAUUGAGCAGGUGAUCGGAGCAGGGGAGUUUGGGGAAGUGUGCAGUGGGCACCUCAAGCUGCCUGGCAAGAGAGAGAUCUUUGUGGCCAUCAAAACGCUGAAGUCGGGUUACACGGAGAAGCAGAGACGGGACUUCCUGAGCGAGGCCAGCAUCAUGGGGCAGUUCGACCACCCCAACGUUAUCCACCUGGAGGGGGUGGUCACCAAGAGCGCCCCUGUCAUGAUCAUCACCGAGUUCAUGGAGAAUGGCUCCCUGGACUCCUUUCUCCGGCAAAACGAUGGGCAGUUCACUGUGAUCCAGCUGGUGGGCAUGCUGCGGGGCAUCGCCGCGGGCAUGAAGUACCUGGCCGACAUGAACUACGUGCACCGGGACCUGGCUGCCCGCAACAUCCUCGUCAACAGCAACCUGGUCUGCAAGGUGUCCGACUUCGGCCUGUCCCGCUUCCUGGAGGAUGACACCUCGGAUCCCACCUACACCAGUGCGCUGGGUGGGAAGAUCCCGAUCCGGUGGACGGCGCCUGAAGCAAUUCAGUAUAGGAAAUUCACCUCAGCCAGCGACGUGUGGAGCUACGGCAUAGUCAUGUGGGAGGUGAUGUCCUAUGGGGAGCGGCCCUACUGGGAUAUGACCAAUCAAGAUGUGAUAAAUGCGAUAGAGCAGGAUUAUCGGCUGCCCCCUCCCAUGGACUGCCCCAACGCCUUGCACCAGCUAAUGCUCGACUGCUGGCAGAAGGACCGGAACCACAGGCCCAAAUUCGGGCAGAUUGUCAACACGUUGGACAAAAUGAUCCGGAACCCCAAUAGCCUGAAAGCCAUGGCACCCCUCUCCUCCGGGAUUAACCUCCCUUUACUGGACCGCACAAUCCCCGAUUACACCAGUUUCAAUACAGUGGAUGAAUGGCUGGAUGCCAUCAAGAUGGGCCAGUACAAGGAGAGCUUUGCCAGUACUGGCUUUGCCACCUUUGACGUGGUGUCACAGAUGACCAUGGAGGACAUUCUGCGAGUCGGGGUCACUUUAGCAGGCCAUCAGAAGAAAAUUCUGAACAGUAUCCAGGUGAUGCGAGCACAGAUGAAUCAGAUCCAAUCUGUGGAGGUUUGAUGUUCACACGUCCUCACACUCCUCUUCCUCAAGGCCCUUCUCCCCUUUGCCCCUGUACGUCCGAGCUCCAGUUCUUGAGUGUUCUGCAUUCACCAGAGACAGGCAGCUGCUCUAAGGAUCGUGGCAACAGGAAGCAACAUCCUGACAACAAAAAGUUGCCAAGAGCUUCUAGAAUUUAAGCAAUGGAAAAAAGGGAACAAGGAAGACAAAUAUUUUGGGAAAACUAUGAAAUAUUUUUUAAAAAUAAUAAUAAUAAAGCAUUUUCGAAAAGGGCUCUGAGAUCCACAGGAGUCUCCAAGGGAGAUAAAAGAGCAGAUCCUUUCAUUUCCUUCUUGCACAAGGCUGCUUCAGCAGGCCUCAGACACCUCUGGAGCAAAGAGACUUUGUCAAGGAGAUGAAAGCCAAGUGAAGCCACGGGAAGCGCUCCUCCUUUUCUCCCUUGGGAUGGUGACGCUGGGGACAUCCUGCAGCCAGCAGUCGUCCCCGAAAGCCCCCAGCUGGCGAAUCACGGGGGGAGAGAGAGCUGAGAAGUUCUUGCCGUGUAAUGGACCAAGCGCAUCUGUAAAGUGGCAAACUUUUGCAAAGCUGAAGAUUUUUGUAAAAUAAACAAACUGAGACGAGAAGAGUCUUUUUUUCCUGCAGAUGAGAAGGAACCUUGAACCCAUUGGGAGUGGGGGAUGGGGAAACCAAUCCUUUUUAGAGCUCUUAUUUUCUCUUGCCAUGGAACGGUUUAGUGAGUGACGCGUUUUCCAGGGGUCUGCCCAUCCAGCCCUCCAAUGGCAUCAUUGUCUCAUACAUAUCAUAUGCACAAGACUUUUAGUGAUCGCCUCACUAGUUGCCAAUGACCUUUUCUCAGAAGACUUCCCAAGUACAGUAUGUAGUAGUUUUUGAUUACAAAUGCUGACGUGUCCAUUUA